UUAGCGGUGACUAACAUAACUACCGAUAGCUAGCUAAAAGUAACAUUUGAGUGUAAAAGUGAUCUAUUGAUCUAACGCUUAGAUUUAUUAUACAAUAUUUUGUUUAUAAUUUGUCACACAAUCAUUUUAUAUAGAGUUUUAUCAUCUCACAAGGGGUUGCCGUUAUUUAAACUUUAAUUAGCCCGUAGACUCGAGUUGUCCGGUCCCCAGAAACACCGUCAGAGUGAGCCCUCCCUCCCGCUGCUCCUCCUCUCUGCUUUUCGCGGUAGUUUGUUUCUGUGCUCCGCGUCGCUGCGACCAUCAGACCCGCGUGAAGCUGGAGCUGCCCGGUCAGGACCUCUCGGGUUGUCCGGGCGAAGUUUGGAGAGAAACAAGACAAGAAGAAAACGUCUAACGGUUUAAACAACCUGCUUCACUUCUCCCUCCCAGAUUUAGUGGACCGAGUACAGCACCGGACUCGAACCGGGACCGUGUUCGUUAAUAUUCAGCCGUUGAGCGGGACGCGCUCGCGGCAGGAUGGAAGUUUAACGCGUUGUUCGUCACGGUUUGUCGCCGAUGGAAGCGGAACAGCCGCCCUGUUCUCCGAGGUGCCCGUAACUUCUCUUUAUGCUGCCAGUGACACCAGUAAAGAGAAGCUACAGUUUCAUGGCUGCUCUCUGGUAAUAAAACUUCCCAGGAUCCUCGGCUUCUACUUCAUAGAGUUCUACGUUGGUUCCGCCUCAGCGAUGCCCGUCGGGAACAAAAAGCCUUUCUUGCAGGAUUGUCGUGGCUGACGAACAAACCCGAACACGUUUUUUGGAUGUCGUUCACCUGCAACGUCUUUCUCCUGCCUGGGCGACGUCACAGAUAGCAGAGCCAAUAAUGUCGACCGACAACAGCCCGUCGCCACCGCUGGCCUCGCCGAAGUCUUUCCCCGUCCUCCCUCAGCACGCUACCCCGCCCACCCCGUCGCCGUCCCCGAGCCCGCCCGCCACCAUCUGCAGCCGGCUGUCCAACGGCAGCCAGCUGUCCCCCAGCCCCACAAUCUCACGGGGGUCGUCCAUCCACGGAGUCGCCUUCCUGCUUCAGAUCGGACUCACCAGGGAGACGGUGACCCUCGACCACGGAGACCACUCGCUGUCUGCGGUCCGCGAGCUCGUCUGCUCCAUCGUGGAUAAGAAGUUCCCUGAAUGUGGAUUUUUCGGGAUGUACGACAAGAUCCUGCUCUUCCGCCACGACCUGAACUCGGACAACAUCCUGCAGCGUCUGACCUCAGCGGAGGAGAUCCAUGAAGGCGACCUUGUCGAGGUGGUGCUCUCCGCUCUGGCCACAGCCGAGGACUUCCAGAUCCGACCUCACGCGCUGUACGUUCACUCCUACAAGGCGCCAGCCUUCUGCGAUGACUGUGGGGAGAUGCUGUGGGGGCUCGUCAGACAAGGCCUCAAGUGUGAAGGAUGUGGACUGAACUACCACAAACGCUGUGCGUUCAAGAUCCCCAACAACUGCAGCGGAGUCAAGAAGAGGCGGCUGUCCAACGUCUCGCUGCCGGGCUCCGUCUUGUCCGUCGCUCGUCCACCGUCCACUGAGUUCACCCCGACGCCGCAGGAGGAGCGCCCCCUCUUGGGUGCCGGGAAGCGUAACUCCCUGCUAAGCGGUCGUCCCAUCUGGAUGGAGAAGAUGGUCCUGGGUCGGGUCAAAGUCCCUCACACCUUCUCCGUCCACACCUACACUCGUCCCACCAUCUGCCAGUUCUGCAAGCGUCUGCUGAAGGGCCUCUUCAGACAGGGCAUGCAGUGCAAAGAUUGUAAAUUUAACUGCCAUAAGAGAUGUGCGGCCAAAGUACCUCGAGACUGCCUCGGUGAGGUCGACUUUAAUGGAGAACCAGCCGGUCCCAGUCUGGACUCCGAGGCGACGAUGGAGGUGGACAACAGCGACGCCAACAGCGACGGCGGUCAGAGCAUGGACGAGCAGGACGACAAGCUCUUCUUCAUCGAGGGUCCCUGCACGGACAGCGAGAAGGAUGACGAGACGCUCCGAGCCAUCAGCCCGCACACCAGCAGCAACAUCCCUCUGAUGCGAGUGGUCCAGUCCAUCAAACACACCAAGAGGAAAAGCUCCACGAUGGUUAAAGAGGGCUGGAUGGUUCAUUACACCAGCCACGACAACCUGAGGAAGAGACAUUACUGGAGGCUGGACAGCAAGUGUCUGACUCUGUUUCAGAAUGAAAGUGGAGCCAAGUAUUACAAGGAGAUCCCCCUGUCCGAGAUCCUCCAGGUGGAGCCGGCGCAGGACUUCGGCAGCCUGCCCCAGGGCAGCAACCGCCACUGCUUCGAGGUGAUCACGGGCAACAUGGUGUACUAUGUCGGGGAAGACAACGGCGGCUUGCACCACAACCCCGUCCUGGCGGCUACCGGCGUGGGGCGGGACGUGGGCCAGAGCUGGGAGAAGGCCAUCCGACAGGCGAUGAUGCCCGUCACGCCCAAGGCCAGCGUCGGCACCGGACCCGGCCAGGGGAAGGACCACAAGGACGUCUCCAUCAGCAUAUCCGUGUCCAACUCCCAGAUACAAGAGAAUGUGGAUAUCAGCUCGGUGUAUCAGAUCUUUGCUGACGAGGUCCUCGGCUCCGGACAGUUUGGGAUCGUCUACGGAGGUAAACACAGAAAGACCGGCAGAGACGUGGCCAUCAAAAUCAUCGACAAAAUGAGGUUUCCCACCAAGCAGGAGAGCCAGCUGAGGAACGAGGUGGCCAUUCUGCAGAACCUGCACCACCCGGGGAUCGUGAACCUGGAGUGCAUGUUCGAGACGCCGGAGCAGGUGUACGUGGUCAUGGAGAAGCUUCACGGCGACAUGCUGGAGAUGAUUUUAUCCAGCGAGAAGAGCCGACUGCCCGAACGCCUCACCAAGUUCCUGGUCACGCAGAUCCUGGUGGCCCUCAGACAUCUUCACUUUAAGAACGUGGUCCACUGCGACCUGAAGCCGGAGAACGUCCUCCUGGCCUCAGCAGAACCCUUCCCUCAGGUGAAGCUCUGCGACUUCGGCUUCGCUCGGAUCAUCGGCGAGAAGUCGUUCCGUCGCUCGGUGGUCGGCACGCCGGCCUAUCUGGCGCCCGAGGUGCUUCGCAGCAAAGGGUACAACCGGUCUCUGGACAUGUGGUCGGUCGGCGUCAUCAUCUACGUCAGCCUGAGCGGGACGUUUCCCUUCAACGAGGACGAGGACAUCAACGACCAGAUCCAGAACGCCGCCUUCAUGUACCCGUCCAACCCCUGGAAGCAGACCUCAGAGCAGGCCCAAGACCUGAUCAACAACCUGCUGCAGGUGAAGAUGAGGAAGCGCUACAGCGUGGACAAGUCUCUGAGCCACCCCUGGCUGCAGGACUACCAGACCUGGAUGGACCUCAGGGAGUUCGAGACGAGGCGAGGCGAGCGCUACAUCACCCACGAGAGCGACGACGCCCGCUGGGAAGAGCACGCCGACGAGAGAGGCCUGCACUACCCCAAUCACUUCAUCAUGUCGCCCAACCUGGACGACAUGAACGAGGACCCCUAGUGGCCCGCGGAGGGUAAAGACAUUUCCUACGAGGAGGAGCCGCUCGACGGUCACCAUGGAGGAUCGUGUUCGGCGGCGGUCAGGCAGCUGUGUGACGACACUGACGAUCAUUCAGGUCCAGAGACAUUUUAUUUUAACACAUUUCUUUCUGUUUCACUGCGUUUUUCUACAAGCCAUAACAAAUACACAGAGAGCCAAACGCUGACUUCAAUAUGA